CUGGUCCUGCUCCAGCACUUAACAAGGAUUUAAUGUUGCCCAAUCAUCUGUCAGGCAGAUCAACAUGGCUGUAAUACACAGCAGCAGGUCCCGCGGAUGAGGCCACAACCCGAUACAGAAGUCCUGAAAAACAACAGCCGAAAAAGCAGCAUAAUCCCUCAAUCACUGUAAUAACUCUCCCUGCUCGCAGUCGCUUUUUCUCUCUCACACGCACACAAAGUGCUUUGGCAAAUGAAAAUCUGAUGUUUAUGAGUUUGGGAGAGUACAUGAAGUAAUCCAGGGUCUAUCUGGACAUUUGUGUACAUUGUUAGAUGGAUCAUUCAUUAAAAAAAAAAAAAAAAAAAGCUACUGGUGGUUUCCAACCCAUUAACAAUAUGCUGGUGCUGCUGACAGUAGAGCUCGGGUUUACAUGCUAAUCCUCUCCCUACAGCUUUUAUUCAGUAACUCCUGAUAGGAAGCUACAUUUAGAUACUGUGACACCGAAAAGACACCAAGGUCAUGUGGAUGUCAGAUAUGACUGUUUUCACUCCCACAGUCAGUUACAGCUAAUAAACCUGGUACUCGGGGUGUGUUUAUUCGUUUGAUAUAAAACUUGGUUAUCAGCUUUGAGCCACACCUUGUAUCUUUCAUUUUAAGUCCUGACAACAUGUCUUUGUUCACUUCAGUGUUGGGGAGACAAGCACAUGUUUUGUCUUGUAGAUGCUCCCGGGGGUUGUAACUUUUAUCCUCGAAAUGGUUAAUCCAAGAGAGGGAUAAUUUUAUAAAUGAGAAUAUCUUGCCAAAUACAGAUUUUUAAUAUGUGAUAUUUAGCCAAGGUAGAGUUCCAAGAUUGGAGAAAAUAGGAUUUGUGAAUAAUUUAUGGUUUCUUUAUUGGCCCAAGUUGUAAUCUAGCAUGUCUGUUAAUCAUCUAUCAGGCUGGACAGGCAGCAGCAGAGGUGUGAAUCAGUUAUUAUUGUUGGCACCUGCGUACAGCUUUGCCAACAUUUAUACAUUAUUGAAUAAUUAAUAUACAAACAAAAUCAGCCUCUAAUUUGGCUUCUGCAGUUUACUGGUUAUUUUUUUUUAUCUUUUAUUGGUACUGAAAUCAGGCAAGAUUGUUUAAACUUUAUUGUUUAUUAUCAUUAUUUUAUCAAUUAAUCGUGUGUGAAAUGUCAGAAUAUUGUGAAUGAAAAUGCACAAAAUCCAAGAUGAUUGUAUUAAAUUGCUUGUUUGUUCAACCAAACCUAAAUGUAUUCUGUUUACAAUCAUAUUAGAUAGAUUAGAAAAUCAGCAGAUAUUUACAAUUAGCUAACCCUAACCCUAGCUGUAUGGAUGGUAGUGAAGUAAAGGUGAAAAAUAAUAACAAAGGUACCACUUAAAGGUCCAGUGUGUAACAUUUAGGAGGAUUUAUUGGCAGAAAUUGAAUAUAAUAUUAAUAACUUUGUUUUCAUCAAUGUGUAAUCACUUGAAUAUAGGAAUCAUUAUGUUUUUGUUAAUGAGCCUUCAAUUAGUUAUAUAUAAGUUAUAUGGGACACUAUCAAACAAGUUAUCAGCAAUAUUAAAUAUUAUUUCUUCUUAGUUAUAUUCUAGUUAUAUAGUCCAGCUUUAAGUAGAGUAACUGAGUAAAUGUUUUAAAGUUACUUUCCACCACUGCUAUCCUGCCCAUGUCUCUGGUUUUUCAAAAUAAGAGCAAAUGUAUUAAGCUCCAGAAAACCUUGCUUUUCUAUAUUUCUAAUCUGUAAGGCUUAUUACAUUUUUUUUAUUCAGUUACAGCCCUUUAUUACAUAAUUAAGUACCGUUUUGAUCUGAAUAUAAACCCUAGCAGUGAGUCAAAAAGUGAGUCAAAACAGUAAAUUCCCAACACGUUACUGUAAACCCACCAUUUGUGCUCCUCCUGCUCUGUAUAUAAACCACAGGGAAACCCCAUCUGAGCAUUAGUGACACUCAGCUGGAGAUUACUGAGGCAGACGGCAGCAGCCACAUCAAGAAGACACACCAGCUGUAAAUGUCGCUCCGGGAUUUAACAACCAAAUGUUUCUGCUGUGCCCCAAUUGAACUUUUUAAUGCGGGAUUCUCGUCUUUGCAUCAGACUUUCAUCAGCUUUUAUUGAGGGUGCAGUGAUUUACUGUUGAGUGCAACUGCAGCACAGACUUAGUGUCCUUUUUAAAUCAGUUUAUGCAGAAAGCGUCUUUUAAAGGAGACUUUUUGUUAAAGCAGCACCUUUUUAAUAAGGUUUAAUCCCACCGCUGUCGGUUAAUCCAGUUCAGCCUAAAUUGCCGGCACCAUGCUCUCCACUGUCCGCCGACACAGCCUCCGCCUGCAGACCGAGCUCCACCGGUGGAGCAUCUGCGACCCCGGCAGUCACCUGCUGCCGGACAGCUUCCUGACCCGGGUCCCCGCCUGCAUCUCCCGCUCCAAGUCCUGCACCAGCUCCGCCGGGGAGUCGGACGGGAGCCGCGGGAGCUGGUCGUCCUCAGACUCGGUCAUCUCCACUGACUCCGCCGGGGAUUCGGCCGAGCCCGGGAGCCCGUACCGGGUAGUGCUGUUAGGGGCCAGCGGGGUCGGAAAGACUGCCUUCGCCAGCAUCUUUGCCGGAGCAGCGGACAGUAUGGACAGCGAUGACUGCGAGCUGUGUGAAGUUGAAAUGUGUGAAAAGGAAAUUGAAGUGGAUGGAGAGCCUGCAACUCUAACUGUGCUUGACUCAUGGGAUGCAGAGACCGACAACGAGUGGGCUCAGGAGUGCUACAUGCAGACAGGUGAUGCCUACCUGUUGCUGUACUCUGUGACUGACCGGGCCUCGUUCCUGCGAGCCUCAGAGCUCCGGAUAACCCUGCGUCGCUUCCGUCCUGCCCAGCACACACCAAUCAUCCUGGUGGGGAACAAAUGUGACCUGGUGCGACGCAGAGAAGUGUCAGUCAGUGAGGGCCGUGCCUGUGCUGCUGUGUUUGACUGCAAGUUUAUCGAAACCUCAGCCGCCAUGCAGCACAACGUCUGGGAGGCUUUCCACGGCAUAGUGCGACAGCUGCGUCUACGCCGUGACUCCAAGGAAGCCAACAAGCGUCGCAGGCACAUAAGCUGUAACACACGCCGCGAGAGCCUUCCAAUGAAGGCCAAACGUUUCCUCGACAAGGUGGUGGCAAAGAACAAUCCUAGUGUGGCGUUCUGGUUAAAAUCUAAGUCCUGCCAUGAUCUCUCUGUGCUGUAGGGGCCCUGGCAGAUCUACACUAAACCUUUGAGCAGGUGAACAAGUUACAGCCUGGAGGACAGAAUAUGUGGACAUGGGCUGGAGGGAAGCCUGCUUCUACAGGGCUAAAGGUUGGAUGGUUCAAACCUAGUCCUCAGUGGUUCACAUCCACCCUCGGCACAGCCAGCACAGUGUACACGAGAGUCACCCAUAUGUUGCAGUCUGAACUAGACUGAGAGGACUGAGCUCAGUUUGUCAGACUACGAAACGGACUGGAAAUGAAGUUCCUGUUGCAAAGACUGUUUGAGUGGCAUAAAUGUUGGAGGUUAGAGCUCAGCUGGUGGGAACUGACAGAAGGAUGUGAUGUUCAUUUCUGUGUUUUGAACAAAGAAAUAAAUACUAGCCUUUUCUCUCCUUUCUUCUCUCAUCUCUUUUGCUCUCAUCCCUGCCAAAUGUUUCGUCUGUCGAUCCCUAAAGUGCUAACAUUUAGCUGUAAGCUAUUGAUGAAGGUCAUUUUGGUAUGAUGGUUAUUUAGUCGUUACUUUGAGUUUCUUCAUAAUGUGUUGUGUUUUGAACUUACUGUAAAUAAAUACCAGAUUUAUAAUGUAAUGUAUUUUGCUACUUGUACGUAGUUUCAGUGUUGCCUAUUGAAAUAAAGUGACAUCAUGCAA